AUGAAAGCGGCCAGCUGUAUCUUUAAUUUACAUCUAGCUGAUGCUGCCACGCAACAUUGUUCUCCUUCCUUUUGUGUCCUAUCCUAUCUUAGGGCUCCUUACCGGGAGGGACCGGUUCCUGUCGAAUUGAAGGAAAUCCCUCUUCCUUGGCAUGUUUUUGUUCAACUCAUCUUCCAAGAAGGAACUGAAACAGUUCAUCCCUACAGACUUCGAAUUCAGGUUGCUAGGAUUUAG